AAAUACCCCUUUGGUUCGUGCCAAGCCUGCACGGAGUGGAUAGGCGCGCUCCCGCGAUAUGCGGAGCGCGCCAGAGAGGUUUGCCUGCAACUCUCUGCUGACAGCUAGCGACUUUUACUCAAUCUCCAAGCUGUACGUGUCUCGCAAUUGAGCUCUGAGGAGAAGAGGGGUGAAUUAAGACCUGGUCUUACUGGCUCCACCCCUGGCCCUGCCUGCCCCCUGCCCGUCCUCAGCCAAACAUGGAGGAUAACUCAUUCAUGGGUAAAGUGGGUGGCUCUACAGAGUCCGUUGCCACGGUGACCAGUGAGGAGUUUGUUUUGGUCCAGUCCAGUGGAGCCGCUUCACCCUCAGGAUCAGAGGGCAAGCCCAGGCUCAAGAUGUCUGUGAACGGCAGUGAGCAGCUGGAGAAGGUUAUGCAGGAGGUGUUUAAUGACGAGGAGGAGGUGGAGAAGAGCAGUGUGGAGAAGAUGGAGAAGCAGAGAGGAGCAGAACCUCCUUCUCGGGAUUGGCCCGCAGCGCUGAACCUGGAACCUGCGACCGAUGAUGCUUCAGGAGUUCCCACGAUGACCACUCCGGAGGAAGACAGUGUUCAGUUCAGCAAGCUGUCCUACCUGGGCUGCACCUGGGUAAAAGCCCCCCGCAACGAGGUCCAGGCCCAGAGGGCCAUGGCUACGCUGCGGGCUGAGAGUGCCAUCCCCAUCCCUGUUAUCCUUCAUGUCCCCAACGGUCCCCAUGGCUCCGUCCGGAUCGUGGAGCAGUCCUCUGGGACAGAGGUUUCCUCCUUCCCCAUCUACAAGGUGCUGUUUUGCGCCCGGGGCUGGGAGGACUCUGUGGAGAGCGACUGCUUCUCCUUAACAGAGAGCUACCGCAGCUCUGAAGACUUCCAGAUCCACGUCUUUUCCUGCCACAUCAAGGAGGCCGUUAGCCGCAUCCUGUACAGUUUCUCCACGGCCUUCAAGCGUUCGUCGCGGCCCCCAACCGAUGUCCGGGACCAGACUCUCCCCUCCUCCGCAGACAACGACCUCUAUACCUUCACCGUCUCUCUGGAGGUCAAGGAGGACGACAGCAAGGGUAACUACAGUGCUGUUCCUAAAGACCGAGACAAGUUCUACUUCAAGCUGCGCCAAGGCGUCCAGAAGAAGGUGUUGAUCUCAGUGCAGCAGAUGUGCAAUAAGGAGCUGGCCAUCGAGAGAUGCUUCGGGAUGCUGCUGUCUCCAGGACAGAAGGUCCGGAACAGUGACAUGCAUCUGCUGGACAUGGAGUCAAUGGGGAAGAGCUUGGAUGGGAAGGCCUACCUCAUCACGGGAACCUGGAACCCCAACAUGGCCGCCUUCCAGCUGCUCAACGAAGAUACAGCUAAAGACAAGCAGAUGUACAUGACGGUGGCGGUGGACCUGGUAGUGACGGAGGUCCAGGAGCCAGUCCGCUUCCUGCUGGAGGUCCUGGUCCGGGUCUACCCCGCCAACGAACGCUUCUGGUACUUCAGCCGCAAGAGCUACAGCGAGACCUUCUACCUCAAACUGCAGCAGAGACUGGAGGCUGGCUCUCUGGGCGAUGCUGUGUUCGAGGUGGUCAGUUUGCAGCGAGAGGCGGACCGCACCAACAGAGCUCAGGGGUCCUCACUCGCUGAGGAAGAGGAGCACGAGGAAGACAGCGACAGCGAGAUCUCCAGUGGGACAGGAGACGUUUCAAAGGACUGUCCGGAGAAGAUUCUGGAGCUAUGGGGAGGAAUGCUGAGCAGAUGGCAUUGUAACCUGGCCAUCCGUCCAAAGGGCCUGGGGUCCCUAGUGAGGGCAGGGGUCCCCGAGGCUCUGAGGGCUGAGGUCUGGCAGCUCCUGGCGGGCUGCCCAAGCGAACUCACCCUUCUGGAGGAGUACCGCACACUCAUCACCAAGGAAUCCGCUCAGGACGGGGUGAUCACCAGGGAUAUCCACAGGACCUUCCCCGCCCAUGACUAUUUCAAGGACUCGGAUGGAGACGGACAGGACUCCCUAUACAAGAUCUGCAAGGCCUACUCCGUGUAUGAUGACGAGAUUGGCUACUGUCAGGGCCAGUCCUUUCUGGCUGCAGUUCUGCUGCUGCAUAUGCCAGAGGAACAGACCUUCUGUGUGCUGGUGAAGAUCAUGUAUGAAUAUGGGCUCCGGUCUCUGUACAAAAACAACUUUGAGGACCUCCACUGCAAGUUCUACCAGCUGGAAAAACUCAUGCAGGAGCAGCUUCCAGACCUGUGGGCUCACUUCCAUGAUCUGAGUCUGGAAGCCCACAUGUAUGCAUCCCAGUGGUUCCUCACCCUUUUCACCGCCAAGUUCCCCCUCUGCAUGGUGUUCCAUAUCACAGACCUGCUGCUGUCUGAGGGUUUGAACAUCAUCUUUAAUGUAGCCCUGGCUCUUCUAAAGACGUCCAAGGAGGACCUGCUUCAAGCGGACUUUGAAGGAGCGCUAAAGUUCUUCAGAGUGCAGCUUCCCAAGCGCUACAGAGCAGCAGAGAACGCUCGCAGACUCAUGGAGCAGGCCUGCAACAUCAAGGUUCCCACGAAGAAGCUGAAGAAGUAUGAGAAGGAGUACCAGACCCAGAAAGUCAGCCAGCUACAGCAGGAGGACCCCAUAGACCGCUACCAGAGGGAGAACCGGCGACUACAGGAGGCCAGCAUGCGUCUGGAGCAGGAGAACGAUGACCUCGCCCACGAGCUAGUCACCAGCAAGAUCUCCCUGAGGAACCACCUGGACCAGGUGGAGGACAAGGCUGAUGUUCUGAACAAAGAGCUGCUGAACACCAAGGAGCGCCUUGUGGAGACAGAGGAGGAGAAGAGGAGACAAGACGAGGAGACGGCGCAGCUGAAGGAGGUGUUCAGGAGAGAGCUUGAGAAAGCAGAGUCGGAGAUCAAGAAAACGACAGCUAUCAUUGCGGAAUACAAACAGAUCUGCUCCCAGCUGAGCAGUCGCCUGGAGAAGCAGCAGGUCGCCACUAAAGAGGAAAUGGACAUCGUACGGAGUAAGGUGAUGUCCUGUGAGCGAUGCAGGGAUGUGUUUUCUGCUGAGGGACCCCUCCACACGCUGGCCCCGAGCCAGGAGGGCCUCAGGGCCAGCCGGGGAGAUGAUGAGAAGGACUCCCUGAUGGAUCAGCUGAGGGAGCUGGAGCUUGAGCUGGCCCAAACCAAGCUGCAGCUGGUGGAGGCCAAGUGCAGGAUACAGCUGAACCCCUCAAGGAUCGACCGGCACACUUUUGUGUGUUCAAAGCACUUUGUCAAUGGGGAGCCAAGUCUCGACUACCCAAAUCCAGUUCCUGCUGUUCCAUCUGGUAGAGAAAUUCCAGUGAAAUGUCGAAGACCUCAGACUAAAAGAGAGAUCACCACAACAUCAGGCUCAUUAGUGGAGGACACCGCAACGGAGGAGAGGCCCAUGGUCAUUGAAACAGGAGCUGGAACACCAGAGGGGGGUGUUGCUGAACGAGGUCCAGGCUGCCAAGAACUCUUGGUUCAGUAAGACUUUGGGCUCGCUGAAGAACUCCUCCUCUGCCUCCACCUCCUCCUCCAGCACCUCCCAGUCCCAUGGUCCCAUCUCUCCCAAGGAGGGCACCUCCUAGGUCUACACCUAGAUCCCGCACACCUGGACCCCACCGCCACCCCUCCCCCCUACACCUUGUUUGAAGGAAGGAUGUAAAAUGAACAGCUAAAGAGUGCGAGCUGCAGAAUCAUGCUGUGUUCCCUUUUCAUUGGUCUAGAAGCAGGAAAAGGGCAGAACUCGAUGCUUUUCCGUGUUUGAUUAGCUGAAUAAUUUUUUUUGUUGCUUUCACCUUUCUCCAACAUUAUGACUACUGCAAUCCUGUCUCUAGGCUUACGGCCCACAUGCUUUUCAGUCACUGAUUGUUGAAACUGAUUUAUUCAAAGCUUGCUAUUGAAGAAAUCGUAUUUGGUUUCAACUGCUCCCUCCUGUUGCCAGACAUGGCAAAUGCAGAGUGAUGGACAAUUAUCCAUUGUUGCCAUGUGAUUAUGCUAUCAAGAACACGUUGAAUCUGUAUUUAGUGUCCUACCAAUAGGGACGUAUCUUACAAGACUAACAUUCUUCCUCACUGACAUGGCUGCUUCAAUAACCCUCUACAGCUCUGCAAGAACGCGUUCAGAAAUACACUCAAAACCUUAGCUUCUUUAUGGUUAUACUAUAAGUAUACAACGUUGUUAUAUGAAUAUGUACUAAUUCUUCAUGGAUUCUUUUUUUUUUUUAAUCUUUGUACAGGAAUGUUCUCCUUAAAUUUAUUUUUGUUGUGUUAAUUUUAGGAUUAGAAUUUUUGUCUUUGGUAAUGUUGAUCCAACAAAGCACAGUGGCUUUGAAGUCAAGUUCAUAUUCUUCUGCUCCGAUAACAUUCCCUUAAUGCCACCGCCCCCAGCUAGGACAGACAGAUCCUAACUUCCCAGCUAGGACAGAUUGACAGACAGAUUCUGACCCUAACGACUCCAGCUAGGACACAUAAAUACCCCGAGCUAGGACAGGCCGACAGACAUCUUGACCCUCACUACCCCGAAGUAGGACAGACAGACAGGCUGACUCAAACAUUGCCUCAUGAUUGUUUCUGAUUUACUUUUUAAAGGGGUGUGUUUCAGUAUUUUAACCAUGUCCAUAUUCAGCAUUAUAAUACAAGUCAUUUUAAGUCCUCCAGCCAAUCACACAGCCAUUUUCACGACUUCAUAUUUCACAAACACUAUAGUUGUACCGUUUGUAGUACCAACUGAUCCUUGUGUCCUGGACGUUGAGCGGAGUUCAUUCAGUGUUAACUGAAGUCGGCUGCCAAGUUUUACUCCGUUGUUCUCCAUUAAUUACGUCACAAAUUCAGGUAAGUUUGGCGUGGGCGGAAGGUCAUAUUUAGAAUUUUGCAGAAGGAAGCUGCAAUGAGUCCUGAUCAAUAUGUAAUUCCUGUGCUGUAUCCAAUAAUAAAUGUACCUUCCGAUGUUCAACACACCAUUUGUUAGUUUUUUUGUUCACUGAGCAGACAUUCAAUAUUAAAGCUGAACUUAAUAAGAUGUAAAGUUAA